GGGGGGGGAGAAACAGAACAAGAUUUUUUUUUUUCCCGGUUGUGAUUGCAAAAAAUAAAUAAAUAAAAUAAAAUAAAAUAAAAUGUAACGAUUGCACCACCAAGCGCAGCUGAUGAGAAUCUGGAAUAGCAGCAGCAUCCGGGCUGAGAUGCGAGGGCCCGUUGCAAUGUUGCACAUGUGAAACAGAGAAACAAGGUCGCCAUGGAAACGCACUUUGAAUCUAUACGUUCCUGUUCACCAUGACUCCCAGUAGAGGAUUCUGGGAUUGACGCGGGAAUAUUUCCCACUGAUGGCCAGGACUGGCUAACCCGGUGUGUGCUUCAGGUGCCAGCCGCUCUGCUGAAGCAAUGGGAAGCUGCUAUAGCUGUCUGUACAGAGACACCAUCCCAGACAACCACCCAACCAGAUUCAAGGUGACGAAUGUGGACGAUGAAGGGAACGAGCUGGGCUCCGGCUCUAUGGAGCUCACUCAGACUGAGCUCAUCCUGCACACCCGCAAGCGCGACGCUGUCAGGUGGCCCUACCUCUGCCUGCGCCGCUAUGGCUACGACUCCAACCUCUUCUCCUUCGAGAGCGGCCGUCGCUGCCAGACCGGCCAAGGUAUCUUUGCCUUCAAGUGCACCCGUGCAGAGGAGAUCUUUAACCUGCUGCAGGAGCUCAUGCAGUGCAACAGCAUCAAUGUGGUGGAGGAGCCUGUCAUCAUCACACGCAACAGCCACCCCCCUGAACUGGUCCUGCCACGCACCCCGCAGACUCCCAACAGUCAGUACACAGCACAAGCUCCAGCCUACACUGUCCCUGGAUUCCCGAAUGGAUACCCUGGAUACCCAGUGGGAGGAGACGGCUCCUCACACCCCUCGACACACCACCCCUCCCUGGGAGAGGACUCCACCCACGGGCUCAUCGGCAUUGAGGACCAGGCCCAUACUUACGUGAACACUGCCAGCGCAGACGGGGAGGACCAUGGGCGACACUGUGUCCACUCUCUGCCCGAGGUGCGGCCCAACUCUUACCCGGAGAGCGCCAGGGGAGGUGUAGGGCCUGGGGGUCACCCUGGGGUCCACUGCUGCCCUCUGGAGGAGCGCAACCCCCAAGUGUUCUUGCAGCCCCCCACGGGAGAGGUGAAGUUCGUGCUGGGGCCCACCCCUGCCCAGUGCAGGCUGAUGGAGCGGGAAAGGGAGACCCUGGCCAAGCAGCUCCACGUGCACCACCACACGCAUCUGUCCGGCGAGGCGGUGCCGGAACUGGACCCCCCUCCUCUGCCCCACGCUCACCCCCACCACCUGCACCCCUCAUACCACCACCUCCACCCCCACCACCCUCACCACAACAACAACAACGAGCACAAGGAAGGCUGCCAGAACGCCAGGCUGACCUACGAGAACAUCAACGGCCUGGGAGGGGGAGGGCUGAGGAGGGGAGGCAGCCUGGGCGGUACUGGAGGAGGAGGCGGGAGGAUCAAGCUGUUCCCUGGCAGCGUCUCCCUCUCCGGGUGCUCCAGCAGCAGCAGCAGUGGAGGGGAGGGUUCCCACUCCCUGCCUCCCUCCUCCUCCUCCUCCUCCUCGCAAGGGUUCGGCUGCAUGGGGGUCGGCAGUGGCCACCGCAAGAUGGCUCUCCUGAACUACGAGAACCUGCCAUCGCUGCCACCAGUGUGGGAGUACCGCGCCCUGCAGAGGGAGGAAGAGGAGGAUGAGGAGGAUGAAGAGGAGGAGGACGAGGAGGAAGAGGAGGAGGAUUACGAGGAAGAGGAGUAUGACGAGUACUCGGAGGGACCCGGAACGCCUAACGGUUACCAUGAUGACGGCGCCGGGGGCAACGGGAGGGAGGUCAUGCGGAACUAUGUGAACACAGACCGCCUGCCGCAGGGAGGCAGGAGGCCAGUGUGCCCCCCAAGAAGGCCGCACAGAGCUGGGGAUUUCCACGGAGGAGGAGGUGGUGGUAAUGGGGUCUUUAGCUUCGAUUUCAGGAGGGGUGACCCAUCCCAGCAGCGGCAGCUCAACUACAUCCAAGUUGAUCUGGAUGGGGAUUCUGAGCGUGGGAUGGGAGGGGGCAUGGGUGCAGGAGGAGGAGGAGGAGGCGGCAACCCCCAGCAGCAGCCCCUGCCUUGUGCUGGCCCCCCGGGCCCCCAGCCCCCCCGUCGCAGCGAGUUCUAUGCCGUUAUCGACCUGAAGAAGACCGCUGCCAUGUCCAGCCUGCAGAGGGCGCUGCCUCGGGAUGACGGGACGUCGCGAAAAACCAGGCAUAACAGCACUGACCUGCCGCUGUGAGGAGCAGGUGGCACAGAGAGGAGAGAGAAAGAGUGGAAGGUGGAAGGUGGAAGGUGGAAGGUGAAGUGCCCCCCUCUCCAGCCUCUUUGCGAUGGUACGGCAGUAUUCGGACCCCCUUUCCAUCCUCCCUUUACUCAGAAGAGGUUUGACCCAUGUCGAGCAGUGAGCUCUGUGACUUGCCUGCCUGCAGCUGUCGGCAAAACUACGAAACGUGAUUCGUGGGCAGCUUGACGGAUCCAGCUGAAACUGACAAGUUUAGGUCAGCCUAAUGUAAAAGGAAACUUGCCAGUGUGUGUUUGGCUGGCUGUCUGUUCAGGAUUGACCCGGCUGCUCCAGAUUGAAGCUGGUGGCAUGUUGGCAUGGCCGCCGCAGGGGCAGCUUGGUGCAGGCAGGGCAUUGCCCUCGAGCGAGAGGCGUGCCAGCUGCUGUGUACUGUGUGUGAUGCACCUUCCAUCCAGCCUUGUAGCUCUCACAAGAUGCAGCAUCCCCUUUUUACUGCCACUGAUUGUGAGCUCCUGUAGCUCGUUAGCUUGAUUUACCAGUGGGGUGAGGGGAAGGGUUUUUUUGUUUUGUUUUAUAACGGAGUGAAUAGGAAACACACUCUUUGCCACACAGAUCCAGGGAAAUGCCCCUCUAUGUAUUUAGCAUGAUAGCUAUUAUUAUUAUUAUUAUUAUUAUUAUUAUUAUUAUUUAGACAGGCACACACACACAACUGUAAGAUCAUACAUGUACACCAAUAUUGAACCACAGUUCAUGCAUGCAGACAUGUAAACAUAUAUUCUACAUCCUUUUUAGUUGUUUUGUUUUAAUUUGGCAAAUAAAACACAAAAAACAAUUCCACAUCACUUCCAGAAUGCAGGAAAGAUCAGUCCAAGUUAUGACUAACUUUGUUUUGUGUGGGUGGCGGCUGUUCUGAGAUACAUACUGACAAAAAUCAGACAGGGGGUGCUGCAUCGUUACUAUUUGUGACCAUUUUGCUUGACAUUAAAAUAAAAUAGAAAAAAAAAUAUAUAUAUAUAUAUAUGUAUCCAUUCCGAAACUCAGUGCCCCAAAAGGGAAAGGCGCUUUGCAUUAACAUGCAGCUCUACAAAGGUGCCAACUUUCCUUUACUGUACAGUAUGAGUGUAGUGACUCAGAUUUUUUUUCCAUGUGCCAUUACAUAGUCUGGGAAUGUGAGGGCUAAAAAAAACCUAAGAAGAAGUCUUAACUGUGAAUGUUUUUUUUUUUCCUUGUGUUGAAUCUGCAGCAAGUACUCGUGUGCAUUCUGUAUAGGUUUCAGGCUCACUGGACCCUGGCAGGUCGUCUGGUCUGUUGGAUAUUGGGCAAAUGAAAGCUACACACACAGAAAUAAUCUGUGUUUAUUUUUAACCAGCGUCUAACUGAGAGGAUCUUGAAUUUGGCAAGACUUUUUACCCUGGGAAAUAAAAAAUAAAUAAAUAAAUUAAAUUUCAGUCCUAAUUUUGAGAAUGUAUUUGAAUUGAUUGGAGAGAGACUUGUUCUAAAUUCGUUGGACUGUUUGAAAAUAGGGUUCUCUGCAAUUCUGCCAGCCCCAGCUGUGCACUGGGGUUUAAAUUUCCCCAGAGUUCCCUCCAAGCUUUGUUUGUGGAGGUGUCUGGUGCUGGAGUAACCACCAGAACUGAAAACCCACCAAUCAGAUUCUGAUGUGCACACUUUUAGGAAAACCAUGCACAGCCCACCCACUGUAUUACUGCACCCAAUCAGAGGUGAGCAUUCCCAAGACGGGUUGGUGACCGAACGGGUGGCCCUUUUGAAGGAAGGCACCACUGCAGACUGGUGGUAUUGGAGUUUAAACAACGCCUUCUGCUUUGUUUCCAUGUUAGAAUAAGGGAAAGGGUUCUGAAUAAGCAGGUUUUAAUAAGUCCAGACCAUCUGGUGGAAGCAGUGCAAGGCUGUACAAUGGGUGGGGAUGUUCAUAGCAGGAGCCUUUUACAAAACAGAUUGUGACUGGAGUCUGCUUAAGCCAGCGGGUGCCCUGUUAUCGUUGUAUUUUUAUAUCAUAAAUAUGCUCAAUAUAUCACUACACUGUGCCAUAUCAAAAGGUGCCAACCCUGCUCUUCUAAAAACCAAGUCUGGGAUAACUGUAUGGUUGGCAGGAAAAGGAGGAACAGUGAACCAUGGUGUUUACACCGAGAUGGUAUAUCUGUGGCAUUGCUGGCAGUUUGUAAUGUUUUAUUUACGAUUUCUAUUCUUCUCCUGUGUUUAGUAUUAGAUCUGUCUUGCUGACGGCUUGGUUUGACAUUCCUAAGGUACCCAGACCUCAGCGAUUGUUUCAGUUCAAAUCAAAGUGCCAAUGGUUUGGGAACUGGCUGUUGCAUUCGAGUGUACUUUGGUGUUUUGUAUUUUUUUAUAUCGCUUGUUGAAAUGUAUAGUAACACUUACUCACUUUAGAGUCCUAAACUAAAUAAAUAAAUAAAAGUAACGACCAGCAGUAAAACAAAGCCUGCCUGUUGAUAUUUAUCCUGUGAAAUGCUUUGCGGGGUUACACACAGAUCUGUUUUUUAUACCCCCCUCCCCCCUCCCCGUGCUCCAGUAAGCCCAGACGAGCCUGAAACUAUCGCCAUUGCUACCUUUUCAUAAAACACCGUGCCAAAGCUCCUGUCACGUUGCCAAACCGCUAAAUCAACAGUGCUUAAAAAAAAAAAAAAAGAGCUUCAAUGUUUUUCCAGGACCGGAUACAACUUAAUUGAUACGUGUAUUUAUUUAUUUACUUAUUUAUUUAUUUAUGUAUGUAUGUAAGUGUUACUAUAACUUUUAGCCAAUACAAGAAGCCUCAUCUUAUUUCUAAACAAAGCUAAACUGUCUCCGUGUUCUGUUCUCUAACUCCACGGCCUGCGUGCCGGCUUUAGUUUGGUGGCGAAUAUUCCCGAUUCCCUCAUUGUACUGGUUUUGUUUCAUUUUGGAAACAUUCCAUGUGGCUGGCUUCAUUACUAAAUGGCCAUGCUUUCUUCUCUGCAAAUAAUAAUAAUAAUAAUAAUAAUAAUAAUAAUAAUAAUAAUAAUAAUAAUAAUAAUACAGAAGUGAGGAAGUAAAAACAUGGAAGAAUCUUCUAUCCUGUUUAGUCUGCUGAAUGUUGAGAGUGACACUGUUGUUAUGAUCCACACUGGAUAAUGUAUUCAAUGUGACUCCAGUGUUUUUUCACCCUUUUAUCUUACACUAGAUCCUUUGAAUUGGGGACCCAAGAGUUUCAGUAGUACAGCAUAAGCAGCGAAGCCAACCUAGAUUUUCCAGAUCUGGAGUUUUUAUGAACGAUUUUUUGUAUUUUGUGUUUCACGCCAAGUUAUCUUUUAUUAUCUUUUAAAGAUGGUACGGUGGUUGAUGUUUACAAUCCCAUAUCCUUAACUCUCUUGUGCAUGCACUUGUCAUUACUUGUGUUGUUAUUAUUUUAUUGUAACUAUGUUUUUGUACAGAUGCACUCGUCUCGUAGGUACUAAAGUGUUCCAGUUAGCUGUAAAUAUUUGCUCUAUGUACUCGACCCGUCUGUUUGUCAGUCUGUCUGUCAGUGUGCUAUUGUGAGAAUUCUUUAGCUAAUGCAAGUCUUAUGUUACUAAGAUCUUUGUGGGUUUCAGAACAGGAUUGGGAAUGUUUAGGGUUUAAUGCACCACUUAAAGGGGGCCAAUGGCAUUCGGCUGUGCUGGUGGUGUACAUUUUACCCAUAUGGGGUAAGAGGAUAUGUUUUUGUCCUACUCAUGCAUCCCACUGAGUGAAUGAUCUAGGCUGUAGGAAUGACAUGCCUGUGCAACUCUAAACACCCUCCCCUAGCUUUCUGGAUGUAUGAAUUAACUCUGUGGAACACCUUUUUGGGGAAUUUUAAUUUUCCUUCAGUGCUUUAUAAUGUCGUGGUGUGGGUUUGUGUUGGUUUUUGUGGAGUAAUCCCUUUAAAAACCCUGGACAGGGAGAGAAUUGGUGUCAGCAGGGGGAUUAGGUUCCAAUAAGGGAGCUGUGGACAGGGCUGUGCAUUACAUUUCAAACCCACCCUGGAAGUACAUCAUGUUCAGCACAGUCUUAGAGACACUCAGAGUUACAAUACAAACUAUGUGCAGAUAAUGGGGCAAUACAGCACUGGAAAUUCACGUCCUUACUUUAAAGUGAAUUCGUAGUUUUGAGAGUUCAAAAUCCCACUGUGAAAAAGACUGUGGUUUGGACUGGAUAUUUGAUCCAGCCAUUUCCUUGAAUUCCUUCUUUCUUAACAAUGUGUAAAUUUCCACAAAUAAUGAUGCCUUUGAAAAAGAUCCCCGUGGUGCCAGGACUCCGGUAUGGGGUUAAAUAUUUGCUAAAUACAGCGCAUGAAUUCAAUCCUUGAUUCCUGGACAGUUUGAAUAAGAAACCUAUAAACCUAAUCGCUGUAAAUAACAUGCUUGCGAUGUUCCUUAAAUAUUUAUUUUAUGUCAAGGUCACUUUUGAGUAGAAAAGGCAGGAGAAACACAGAACGCUGUAGAUAAGGUGAUAAAACUGACCUUGUAUUGGCAUUGGCUAAGUGCUCGCACAAUCAUACACACACACACACACACACACACACACACACACACACACACACACACACACACACAUAUGCGCGUAGCCCCAAUGGGAGUGUGUUUUGCAUUUAAAACAAUUGCAAUGAAAAAUGCUGUCAAUUGUGCCAAAUUAUUUAGUGUUUAUCCUUUGUAAAGGAUCAGGUCUUUGAACGGGACCAAAAGCCCUCCUGUAACUCUUUUGAGUGACUUGUGUGCAGCCCGGCAUUCACAGACUGGUCCUGACUUUGAGUGGGGAGUGGGGAGCUGUGUUUGAACAAAGCUUUGAGUCCAGGGCUCUGAAAGGGGUUACACCACAAAGGUCUGUCCUAUUCUCUUUCAGCAAACACUAGAGAACUAGUUCCUUCCAGU